AUGGCCCAGAAGUAUCCGGUGCUGUAUGCGAACUACACGACAACCGAAUUGAUGUGGGAUAUAAAUGGUCCGAACAUAUGCAGAGUCGAAGGAGACUGGCUGGUGCCCGUUAAGAUGGCCGAAUGGUACGGAGCCAAGAAGUUCAGCGACGACGACAAUGGCAUUACCAUCAUCGCGACAUCAGUUUGCAACUGGGCAUUGCCAACGAUUUUUGACUUUGCACGAGAGUUGGAUCUCCUCAUCGUCCCUUGUGCUGCCGGUGUAGCCAUUAAUCAACAUCGAUCACCCAACGCUGUCGCCAUGGCCGCGGCCUCUUAUCUAAUUUUUGGAGCGGCCAUCGGGAAGGUGAUGGACAAGUACCACUGGAAGUACCUGGUGGUGAUCAAUGACCUUUUGAAGGAUAUUCAGGAAGCCGGACGGAGUCUAUCCGAAUGUGAUGGUCUAUUUAUCGAUCUGCGGAAGCGAGAUAAAGCUAUUCAGUAUAUCGUAAUUGAAGUUGACUCUACCAAGCCGGGAUUUACCUUUAGUGCUUCUCUGAACCAAGCCGCACAGCAUAGUCGAAUUAUCAUGUGCUGUACUCUUUAUGCAUCGAUGAGGAGAUUGCUGGCGGAGGCCUACGAUUUGGGAAUGACAAAUGGCGACUAUGUUUUCAUGAUGCUGUAUGAAAGCCAAAUUCCUUUCGAGCCGCCGAUUGAUCAGUGGUACUUGGGCGACGAGAAUGACGAACGAGUUCAUUCGGCAUUGGAUAAUGUACUCUUGUUCCGCACGCCAAAAUCCAAUUGGGACAUGUUUCUUAAUACGUCUCGUGCAGUUAACGAAAGACGAGAAGAAAAGUUUGGAACACCUUUCCAGCAGGAACUCAUGUACAAUGACUUCAUCUUCCAAUGUCACGAGGCCGUGGAAAUGGCAUCUUUGGCAAUCAACGAAACAUUAACGGAUAUGCAAAUCAGUUCCACCGAUGAACUUCAGCAGAAAAUCUCGGCAGCCAGUAUGAUUGGGCGAAUCGUUAACCGGACACACGAGCUGAUGUUUGAAAAUGUCCUAGUCACGUCAAAAGCUAUCAAGGAGCCUAUCAUUUGGGUGCAACAGUUUGAUUACGCCCGAAAUGAGAGCGUGACGGUGUUGCACUAUGACUACAAGACCGACACCUACCCAUUGGUGGAUUCAAAUCGACCAAUGAAAUGGCGUAUCGGGCACGUACCGCCUGAUCGUCCACUCUGCGGUCUAUUUGGAGAGAAAUGUACAAAAGUAGUCAAUGUCGGUUUGGUCGUGGGAGUUGUCACAGCUGCUGUGAUGUUGGUCGUCGCAGUAUUAAUUGGAGGAAUUAUUUGGAAUAAUGAGCGCAAAGCCAAUAUUAAACGUACAUGGUGGAUUGUCCAUUCAACCGAUGUUGAGCAUUCCCGCAGUACAUUUCGCACCGCCACGGAACGAUCCUAUUUUUCACUCACUACGCACGCGCAGAAUUUUCAGCGGAAGAUUGCCGUUGUGCGCGGUAUUCGAGCUAUCAAGACGCCGUUAAUCUGGACUUCAGGCAAACAUCCAACAGUUACCAAGGGCUAUAUUAGCUUCCUGAAUUAUAUUCGCAAAAUGGAUUCACAUCACAUUAACAAGCUAAUAGGACUGGACAUAGCCCAUCGACCACCCGUUCUCUUUCACCAAUGGUGCAAACGGGGUUCACUGGAGGAUUUGUUGCUGUUGCGAGAACCGGACUGGACAUUAAAGCUCUCUUUAUUACACGAUCUCAUUCACGGUCUGCAUUACAUUCACACAACUGGAGUAAAAAUGCACGGGAACCUCCGUCCAACAAAAUGUCUGCUCGACAGCCACUUGAGCAUGAAGAUUUCCGAUUACGGCCACGAGACCAUUAGUCGUUUGUUAUCUGGGUCCACUGGACACUCCAAUCAUGGUCGUCCGUUUUUCCCGCCGCACCCGUGGAUGGCACCGGAAGUAUAUUGCCAUGGGCGUGCCUUUCCGGCAAGCGAUAUAUACGCAAUGGGAACAAUUGUUCAGCAGAUUCUCAUGGGCUACGAGUCCUUUAACACUCACGCACUGGUGGGUGGAGAUGGGCUGCGACAGCUGAAGUUUUCCGAAGAACUUGAGAAAGGAGCUCUUGGCCACUUCCUCGAAGUAACAAAGCGGUGCUGGUUAGAAGACCCCGCAGCAAGACCACAAAUGCUGGACAUACAUAAUUGUUUCUCAGAAGCCACCGUUUAUGAAGGCCUGAGAGGCAGCCUGAUCGAGCGGAUUAUCAGACGAUUAGCCAAAUAUAACGAAACACUCGAAAUGCAGGUCUCGGAGAAGACCGCUCAGCUGCAGUCAGAGCAGCAGCGUGCUGACGCCUUAUUGCGGGAGAUGCUUCCUGUCGACGUUGUACGGAAACUACGAGCCGGUAUAAAAGUUGACCCCGAAUACGUGGAUGAAGUUAGCGUUCUGUUCAGUGAUAUUGCCGGUUUUACCGAUUUUAUCGCGGGUUGUCCACCCGAUGUAGCACUGCAUUUUCUCCAUAAUACUUACGUCUAUUUUGAUCGAGCCAUCGCCAAAGUGUCGGUGUAUAAACUAGAAACCAUCGGGAGCAGCUAUGUGGCAGUCAGCGGACUUGUCGAAAGGAUAGGUAAACGCCAUGCCAACGAAAUCUGCCGGUUGGCAAAUUUGCUACAAACGGAAUUUCACCGGAUUAUCGAGGAUCCACGGUUGGGCUUGUUGAUUGGAAUACACAGUGGGCCGGUCGCUGUGGGUGUGGUUGGGAUGAAGAAGCCGCGUUAUUGUUUGUUUGGAGAUACGGUAAAUACCGCAUCUCGAAUGGAAAGCAACGGUCUUCCGGGGAAGAUCCAUGUUAGUCCAAAUACAGUACCCAUUGCAAAAACGUUCGGACACAAGUUUGAAACACGUGGGAGAAUGGCGAUUAAGGGUAAGGGAGAGAUUCUCACCUACUGGUUGAUCGAUUGAUACGAUGUUAUCGUUGGAUCCUUUCGCACAAAUACUCGUACUUGUAGAGUGGUUGUUGACUUCUUCGAUACAAUCAUGUUUGCAUUGCACUUAUGAAAAUGACAUGCCGUAUAAAAUAACGGUCACGCACAUUAAGCAUUU